UCCCCGUAAUAACAGGUAAAUUGGAGUCGAGGCGCAGUUAAGAAGAGGACAAAAUGGCGAUUUUCAAUCGUUUUUUCUGCUGGCCUCUUCAAACGGCGUCGUUUGUGGGAUACAUUUUUGUCACGUUUACAUCAUUCUUUGCCCUGGUGUUGAGACUGAUCGAUGUGGCAGCCAUAUUUGAUCCGAACUUUGAGAUCAGCCAGGGCUUUCAGUCACACUGGAGGUCGCAUGGCUGGGAUGGGUUUGUGGUUACGGACAUACUGAUGGUCAUCACCCACACCAUUGUCUUCCUCUUCAGCAUCUUUUUGCUCUACCUGACAACCAGAAGGCACUUCAUCAUGACAAUCUCCUGGUCCCAGUUUUAUCUGAUCUAUUUUAUCCUCUAUGUCUUGUGUGAACUCGCCUGUUCCUUGUACGAAUUUGCCUUCUAUGGGGUGAACACCUUCCGACUUGCUUUUGUUGUGUUCAUUUGGUUAUACUGGCUGGUGAGGACACUGGCAAAUACGGUGUUUGCCUUCGUGCUGUGGGCCAGGUAUCAGGAGAUGAACGAGAGCAUGGACAAGGAGUUGAAAUUUGCUGGCGAGAGGAGGAAUGGCUACAUAUAGAUCUGUAAUGUUCACACACCUGGAUAUCAGCUACAGGCUUAAUUCUACCAGGUGUAAUCAGUCAUCUCUACAUAUACAUACAUUGUAGCUACAUAUACGCAUAAAGUAAGCCUAUCAUUUUUAGUAGAUGUAAAUUUACAGAAAUUUAUCAUAAGAGAGUUUCAUAUUACAUUAUCAGGUUUUCUACAUUGUAUAUAGAUCUAUGACAUUCAUGUGGUAUGGAACCUGAGAUUAAUUCAAACAAACUUAUUUGAUUCUGGGCAAACAUUUAUUAAAACUCAUUUCACAUUAUAUUGUAGCACGUGCAUUAGAAAUCAGCCAUCUUUUCUGAAGCGUUAUGUUAUGCUUUUGUUUGUAUGCAGUAUUUUCUUUUCACACAAAAUAUUCUUCCCAAUUGGAGAUGCUAUUAGUGAUUUGAUCGUUGCAUGUUUGUUUGUUUCUAAGCAGCACCAGAAAGUUUUUUGAUUUCUGAAAGAAAGGGAACAAAGGAGACAAACAUGGGAAAAUUACAACGGGUCACUACUUGAUUGAUGUCCCCU